UGACGUGGGUGCAUUUUAAUUACACAGAAAUCUGCUUUUGUUAUAAUUAGUCACAACAUUGCUGGAGCAUGCGCAUGCGCUGUUCAAAGAUAGUGUUUACGUUAGUGCGGCAGAAAGUGGCUCGAGCGUAACCUAGGUUACCUAGCUAUCUUAGCUAGCGUUAGCAUAGCGACGAUUAUGCCCCACCACCUGACAUUCCUAGUUAUGGGAUGGCAGGCAUUCUCCUAAAAUAGCUUAACUAACUUUCUUUUAAAGGAUCCCAAGCGUCCGUGGAUUACGUUGCGUGAAGUGGAUAUUUGUUAUAUGACUGCUUCGUCUCGACGAAUAAGAGGAAUAAGAAACGAGAUGUUUGAGAAUUUCCGAGAGAGACUGCAGACAGUGCAGCAGGACUUCACGUCGGGAAUUAAGACCCUGAGUGACAAAUCCAAGGAUGUCAAAGUGAAGAUGAAACAGAGAAGAGAAGAGCAUCUUCCUCAGCACUCAGCUGGAGUGGAACUGCUGAGUCGGUAUGAAGAAACAUGGGUGAUCCUGCAUAAGCGAACAAAAGAAUGUGCCAAGGCUACAGAGGUGGUAGAUGGGGAGGUGGUGAUGCUCUCUGCCCACUGGGAGAGGAGGAGAGGAGCCCUGCUGGAGCUCCAGGAGCAGCUGCAACAGAUCCCUGCCUUCCUGGCUGACCUGGAGACCAUCACUGCUCGAACCGCCCAGCUGGAGGCAGAGUUUGAGGACAUGGAGGGCCAGCUGAUGCGCCUGGAAGACCUGUGCAGCCAAUGUGAGCAGCAGCGCCUCAAGGACUUUCACUUGCUCCAGUUGGAGAACUACAAGAAGAAGAAAAGAAAAGAACUGGAGUCCCUUAAAGCCGAGCUGGACACUGAGCAUGCCCAGAAGGUCCUGGCGAUGGAGCAGGCGCAGCAGUUGAAGCUGAAGGAGAGGCAGAAGUAUUUUGAGGAGGCGUUUCAGCAAGACAUGGAGCAGUACAUCUCCACGGGCUACCUCCAGAUCGCCGACAGGAGAGACCCCAUAGGCAGCAUGUCCUCUAUGGAGGUGAACAUAGACAUGCUGGAACAGAUGGACCUCACAGACGUGUCCGACCACGAGGCCCUGGAUGUCUUCCUCAGUUCUGAUGUUGAGGAGAACAACGCUGGGUCUCCAACCACACGUGCGUUCUCCUUAUUCCCUGGAGUGGAGUCUUCUCCAGCCGAGAUCAGCCUGAAGGUGCCCGGGUGCUCCCAGCCAGGCCGCACCACCUCCUCCAUCUCCUCGUCCUGCGGAGACACGUCUAGUGGUGCGACUGAGGGCCCCGACGAAGAGGAGGACGAAGGCAGCGAGCAGAGCAGCACCACCGGAGGCGUCCCGCUGGUGCAGUCCGAUGACGAAGAUGUACAGGCCGACACAGCCCUCAUGGGCCUCGCCGAAGGCCAGGAGCGGCUUCACCGUUCGGACGACAGCGACACGCAGGCCCCCUAGUGUCUGCUGGGUGGCGUCGCAGGCGAAGUAACUCCGCCCUCCGCGACGAGGCUUGGUCCAGCUGAAGAUCCAGCAGGCUGCUGACCUUCCUUCAGUAGAGGUCAGGAGGAGGGCUGUUCAGGGCCUCUCUGGGAAUGCACACACCAUCUGAACUGGAGGUGACACUUGGAGAUGGAUUGCCUGCCGUCAGCUUAGAGAACAGUACUUCUGGAUUACUACUAGCACUGUGAUUUGGCUUAUAAGUUAUACUGUUCAUUGUAUGACAAGGUUCUAAGUAUUGUAUGGACAACAUGCAAUGUAAAAUUAUAUGUCAUAUAAUAAAGAUUUUCCUAUUAAGUCACAAGUGUUGCUAAAAUACACACAGCCGAAUGUAUAUAUUGUGUGUUUGGUGAACUAUAGCACAUUUUUUCAGAUUUGUGGCAUAAAUGAAAUUCAAGGCUUUUCCAGUGUGGCAAUUCAAAAUGCUCUUAAUUUGACUGAAGUUAAAUCCACUUUGGACUGGCAGAAGAGUUUUGGUCACCUGGCGGAAAUGUUCGCAAAGCCGUGUCUUAUUCAAUGCUGGAAUAAAAGGUCUCAACAUUUA